AUGACUAAGGUUGUAAUUCACCAUGCCGAGAUGUCCUUGACUCCGAACCGCCUCUGGACCUUCCGCAUUACCGGUGACCUACCGAUCUAUCUCCGCAAUGCGCGCAAACGUGGAGAAGAUCUCAUUGGCGUAAACAGCGUGCAAGCUGUGCGAAGUUGCGGUGGAAAAGCUCGAGGUACUUGUUCAGCAUGCACCUUGCCUAUGCUUGGCGCACGAUUCACUCCUCCCAAAGGAUUUCAUAAUGACUUUCUCGGAAUAAGGCACGAUGGCAAAUUCAUGAUUGACUGGAAAUCUGGCGAGCGAGCUCGACAACCAAUAAGUAUCAUGAACAGGGUGUAUGACAGUGAAAGCGUCAUUGAUAACGGUUGCGUAUGGAUAUCCUUGGAUAAUUAUCGACGUGCGACGGACGCUUUUACCAACAAGUCCAUGUCUCGGUUCAGCAUCCCAGUCUCGUCGAUGUCAGCAGCGAGCAUCUUCGCAGAGGCGGACGGGCUCGGAACUAUCCAGCCAGCCAGUUUCGUUCGCGUGCCGAGGACUGUACGGCUGAUUCUUAGCGGAGAUGUUUCCUUAGGCAUGCUUCACAACUCAAUGAGAUCUACCUUGGCUACCCUAUACGAGUGCACGAAUCAAGACUCUUAA